CUCAGCCCCGAACGCCGGAUUAGUAUUUUAAUUUGGAAGAUACGUACUUCACUAUCUUCCUCGUCGUUUGUUCGGUUCUUUCUACUCGUCGAGGAGAAGGCGACGGCGACCAAACAGUCCCAGGGAACGUGACUCCUCUCCCCAUCUCGAUCCAUCUCUACUGGCUUCGUCCACGCCAAAAACAAUGGAAGAGUAAUCACACAACUAGAACCCUGAAACAAAAAGAGAGAGAAAGAGAGAGUGAGGGAGCUUGAAUGCGGCUACAAUGAAAACGGCUUCCACCUUCUUCUUCCUCCUCCUCCUGCUCUUCUUUUCUUCUCCAUCAUCUCCAAGCCCGACUCCCCUUCUCAACGACCAAGUUCUUGGCCUCAUCGUCUUCAAAGCCGGUCUCCACGAUCCAACCUCCGCCCUCUCCUCCUGGUCCGCCGACGAUGCUUCCCCCUGUUCCUGGGCUCACAUUACCUGCUCCUACUCUGCCACCGUCUCCUCCCUCUCCCUUUCCUUUCUUUCCCUGUCCUCCUCCUCCUCCUCCUCCUCCCUCCCUCCAGGCCUCGAUCUCCUCCAUUCCCUCCGCUCUCUUUCCCUCUCUUCCAACUCCUUGUCCGGCCCCUUCCCUUCCUCCCUCCCUUGCUCCUCCCUACGAUUCCUGUCACUCUCCUCCAACCUCCUCUCCGGCCCUAUCCAUUCCUCCCUAUCGCGCUGUUCCUUUCUUCUCCACCUCAACCUCUCCUCCAACCACCUGUCCGGCGACUUCUCCUUCAUUUUCUCCUCCCUCACCCGCCUUCGCGUGCUAGACCUAUCGUUUAAUUCUCUAUCCGGUCCUCUCCCUGAUUCCAUCGCUUAUAUCCACAACCUCAAGCUUCUCAACCUCUCCGGCAACCAGUUGUCCGGCCGCCUCCCUUUAUCUCUCACUCUCCUUCCACAUCUGAUUUCCCUCGACCUCGCACGCAACCAAUUCUCCGACGAGUUUCCGAAAUGGAUUUCCUUUUUAACCGCCCUCCGCCGUGUCGACCUUUCCGGUAAUAGCCUCGCUGGAACCAUUCCCACCAAUCUAUCAGCUUUGCAAAACCUCAGCUUUUUGGACCUGUCUUUUAACUCCCUUACCGGUAGUAUCCCUGCUUCAUUAGCGGACUGCUUGAAUCUUACGGAGCUACGCCUCGGCGGCAAUGCGCUUAGUGGAAACAUUCCGCCGGCGAUAUUUGGUAUGGCGCUAAAGGUUCUCGACCUCGCCGGGAACGAACUAGAUGGAACAAUCCCUCCUGGAUCGGCAAAGCAGGGGAAUGUGCUGCAAUUGCUGAACCUUUCUGGAAACCGCCUCGUCGGAGAAUUUCCACUGGAGUUGGCGAUGUUCAUCCAUCUACAGUAUCUGAACCUCUCAUAUAAUGAGCUGCAUUCUAACCUGCCCCCGGCGAUUGGUGAGUUGAGGAAUCUCUCGGUGCUCGAUCUACGCAGCUCUGGUUUCUAUGGCAUGAUUCAUGGUAAUAUCUGCAACUCUGGAAGUAUAACAAUUCUUCAACUGGAUGGCAAUUCCUUCUCCGGCCAAAUCCCAGUGGACAUUGGAAACUGCUCCAAUCUCCAUUUGCUGAGUUUAUCCCACAAUAAAUUGACCGGAUCAAUCCCGGCGACAAUGGCAGAGCUAACGAAGCUCGAGAUUUUGAAGCUGGAGUUCAAUUCGUUGAGUGGAGAAAUCCCACAACAGCUUGGCUCUCUCCCCAAUCUUGUCGCCUUAAACAUUUCCAACAACCGUCUCAUCGGCCGGCUUCCCGCCGCCGGCGUCUUCCCUAGCCUGGACCAGAGCGCCCUGCGCGGCAAUCUUGGCCUCUGCUCCCCUCUCGUUUCCGAGCCUUGCGAAAUGGAUGACAUUCCCAAGCCAUUGGUCCUCGACCCCAACACCAUCAACAAAGGGAAAGGAAACAAGCGAGGCCACCAAGCGCAGGCCGACAGCGAGGCUGAAUCCCGCCACCGCCGCAUCCUUAGCCUCUCCGCCAUCAUCGCUAUCGUCGCCGCCUUCAUCAUCCUGGUCGGCGUCCUCGUCGUCACCCUCCUCAACAUCUCCGCCCGUAAACGGCUGGAGAACGCCUUGGAGAGCAUUUGCUCUACCUCUUCCCGCUCCGGCAACGCCGCCGCCAUUGGCAAAAUCGUAAAUUUCGGUCCAAAAAGCUCCGACCUAUCCAACUUUAACACCGACUCCCUCCUAACCAAAGCCACCGAGAUUGGCCGGGGAGGCUUCGGCGUCGUCUACCGCGCCGCCGGGCCAGUCGCCAUUCGCACGUUCUUCCCCAACUGCGCAUUACAGAACCACGACGACUUCGACCGCGAGGUUCGCGCUCUUGCCAAGGCGAGCCACCCCAACCUCCUCGCCAUCAAGGGUUAUUACUUCACCCCACAUAUUCAACUCCUCAUCACCGACUUCGUCGCCGGUGGUAGCCUCCACUCCCGCAUCCACGGGGGCGGCUUGCCUCUCUCUUGGCCUGAGCGUUUCCACAUCGCGCUCGGUAUAGCCCGAGGCUUAGCCCAUCUCCACCGCGCCUUCCGUCCGCCCGUAAUCCACUACAACGUGAAGCCGAGCAAUAUCCUCCUCGACGCCGGCGGCGAAGCAAAGGUGGCUGAUUUUGGACUGAUCCGGCUACUUCGGCCUCGACCUGACCGACAGGGGGCUGGGCGGAGCGCGUUGGGGUACGCGGCGCCGGAGCUGUCGUGCGGGAGCUUGAGGGUAAGUGAGAAAUGUGAUGUGUAUGGAUUCGGGGUAAUGCUAUUAGAGCUUGUAACGGGAAGGAAGGCUGUAGAAGUUCGAGAGGAUGAAAUGGUCAUGUUAGUAGAUGAAGUGAUGGCGGUGCUUGAAAGAGGAGAGGCCGAGGAGUGUGUGGAUAGGAAGAUGGGAGGCUUUGUGGAGGAGGAGGCGGUGCCAUUGUUGAAGCUGGGAUUGGUUUGUGCUUCGCAGACUCCCUCCAGUAGGCCAACUAUGGCGGAGGUGGUACAGAUUCUGGAGGUGAUUAAGGCGCCAGUGAUUGAGAGGAUGGCUGCAUUUAGCUGAUGGUGGUGAAUACUGUUCAAUGAUGAUGAUGAUGAUGCAGUGAUUGUUGUUGUUAACCUGUUGGUUUGAUAUUUGUUAUUUGAAUUGAAUCAAGGUGAAUGAUUCAGUUGUUGUUGUUUUGAUUUUGUGGCCUGAUGAAUAUAAAUGUUCAUGUUUUGAUAU